AUGGAGGAUGACCAUGCGCAGGAUAAGACGUGCCAGGAGGCGGCUUUUGGGGAUUCAAAUCCCGCCUUCCCAUCCACAGCCGUUUCGGUGCGGGUCGCCAGCGCCCAAUCCGCUGCCGUGGAGGAGGCCCCACUGGAUCCGCUGCCAGACAAAACCGCACAGGGAUUGCCAUCGGUCUUGGAAGAGCUGCAGCUAGCGACAACGGAGAGGAUUGACAAGCCUUCAGCUGAUUUGGUGGAUCCGGGUCCCAGUAUACAGGAGGCUGGUGCUGGUUUUGAGAGGGCCAAUGUGACCGCGCCACAUGCAUGCAUGCAAGAGGCGUUGCAUGGUGGCAAUGAUAUUGAUGCUGGUGCAAUUACUGUACAGCGCCGUGAGGAUAAUCUAUCUGUGAAAGAAAUUGCAGCGCUUGGGAACAUCAAGGCGUUUUGCGCUGGAUUGCUUAAAAAACUUGCACCGCCGCUUCUCAAGGAGUUUGAAGGUCUGCGAGGGGUCAAACCAGGACAUGACCCGUUCACCCCAUGCUGCACAACUCGGUACGUCUGUGCAAGUAGCUCUAGGAAGACAAAGGCCUCGGCAGCUGAAACGGUGCUGCUUAGAACCUUGAGUCUGGAUUGUGAUGAUCUGGCAGUCUCGGAAGAUGCACUAAGUCAGCUCCGUACAGUCUUCGACUCACCACUCCAGGCAGUGGCGGAGGUAGGGGAUGGACAGGGUGGGCCAUGGCCCACCCUAAGAUAUGGAAAUAGCCUCUAUAGUACUGUAGCAUAA